UUACUUUUUAUUUUGCGUCCCAAAACAUUAUGAUAUUUUUUAAAUAACUAUCUAGAGUUAAAAUAUUUUUUUAGACCUAGUAGUGCAAUGGAUUUCUAGUCUGUGGCGAAAAAUAUAAAAGUUUAGAAUUUUACAAACACUAAAAUAUUGGUUAGGACUUAGGUACGUGAUCAGUGUUCUUACCAUAUAAUAAUAAAAUGACAUUAUUUAAACUGAAAUCGGCAACAACAAUACUAAUUGAAGAAGAUAACAAUAAAAACUGCUUACCACUCCUUUAUGAACUAGUAAAAGAUGAUAACAACGUGAACAUGUUUUGCUUUGAUCAGCCAGUUUCUGCUUGGCAAGGAAUUUUUAUGAACAAACAUAUUAAUUGUUAUAAAGAAGUACCAACAAAUUUUGUAACUCUAAAGGAAAAUACGACUAUAAUAAUUGAUUCGGUAAACCAAAUGGCUCUUACACUAGGUUGGAAUAAAUGUCUUAAACAGUUAAGGGAUUUCCAGCUUAACCUUAAUGUGACUAAACUGGUAUUAAUAUUACACAAAGAUUGCAUUUUACUUAAUUCAAAGCUCCAAAUUAAUUUGAUUCAUAUGACUCAUGCAAUUGUAAGUUUCUAUCCAAAUCAGAGCAAUAAACUAAGCAUACAAAUAAAGAAAGCAGGUAAAUUUAUUAAAAGUGAUGAAACUUAUUGUUAUGAUUCAAAAAUAGGCUGUGUAAAACUUACACCAAUCGUCAAACUAAGUAAGAAAGAUGAAGUAGAGAAGGUUGCUCCAACUAACUUAACUACAUUUAAAAUUGAGACCGAUCAAAUAUCACAAUUGGAGAAAAAUAAAUUGAAGUUACCAUAUAUGAGUAAAAUAAAUGAAGGUCAAGGAAGAGUGUUUUAUGAACCUGACGCAGUUGAUGACUGGGAUGAUGAAGAUCCAGAUGAUGAUCUAGAUAUAUAAAAACUUUUGAUAUGAUUGUAUUGAGAAUUGAAAUAGGAUGCAGGGAGGAUUCUGGUUUCAGGGAAUCUUUAAACUUAUCACCUAUAUACUGCCAGUAAAUAGACUCAGCCUUAAUUAGUGCAUAUUGGCCUUUCUUUACUUAUUA